AUGGCUGGUAUUCAGGACAACACUCUGAGGAUUGUUCUGGUGGGGAAAACGGGAAGUGGGAAAAGUGCAACAGGAAACACCAUCAUUGGGAGCAGAAAAUAUGAUUCUAAAAUUGCUCCCCACGCUGUUACCAAGGAAUGUCAGAAAGAAGUGCGACACUGGAAGGGGAGGAACCUUCUUGUUGUGGACACCCCAGGGCUCUUUGACACCAAGGAGAAACUGCAGACUACCUGUGAGGAAAUCAGCAGGUGUGUCCUCUUCUCCUGCCCUGGGCCUCAUGCCAUCAUCCUGGUACUACAGCUGGGCCGCUACACGGAGGAGGAGCAGAGAACGGUUGCAUUGAUCAAGGCCAUCUUUGGGGUGGCGGCCAUGAAGCACAUGAUCUUGUUGUUCACUCGCAAAGAUGAUUUGGAUGGUAAGACACUGAGUGACUUUUUAGACGAAUCAGAUGUGAACCUACAAAACAUCAUCCAGGAGUGUGGGUCCCGCUGCUGUGCCUUCAAUAACAAGACUGCAGAUAAGGCUGAGAAGGAAGCUCAAUUGCAGGAGCUGGUGGAGCUGAUAGAGGAAAUGGUGUGGAAGAAUGAAGGGGCUCACUUUUCUGAUGCCAUAUACAAGGACACAAAUGAAAAGCUGAAACGCCAGGCAGAAGCCUUGAAGAAAAUCUAUGCUGAGCAAUUGGAUAAGGAAAUUAAACUAACAGAAAAGGAAUGUGAUCAGGGAAAAAUAUCACAGGAAGAAAAAGAGGAAAAAAUAAAAGUCCUAAAGAUGAAGUAUGAAGAACGAAUUAAAGAUAUAAGGGAACAAGCUGAAAAGAAUAUAUUUGCAGAUAUUGUACAAAGGAUUAGAAAUAUGCUUUCAAGUCUAUGGCAUAGGUUUUUCAAAUAG